GUAAAUCGACCCAGAAGUAGUUUGAUAUGACGUCACAUUGUAGUCAAUUUGACCUCAGUCGCCGGCCGGGAAUCCAUUUGACGUUCUUAGCUAAAAAGUUGUGUAACGGCCGAAAGUUGUGUAACGGGGAAAACAAAAGGGCACUGCUCCAGGAAGAACUUGUUCAUUUAUACUGUAUAGAGGGUCUCUCCUCACACACCAACCCUCCGGAUAGAGUUUUUUAGAGUUAUCUUUGGGGAAAAUGUUUUCGCUUACGACGGCGUUCCAGCCCCAGCAGAUGAUAGUGCCUCUCAGCCAGGUCAUCACUGCCCUGCACUCUCUGAAGAACUCGGCCACAGCUUCAGUCCAGACUCUCCAUAAAGACUUCACUCCAGAGCACAAUUUAUACCUAAAAGAGCCGAGCGUAAGCCUGAGGGACUUGGGUCUUUCAGAGGUUAAUGCAAGUCAGCUGGACGAGCUGGUGAACAGGCUACUACCUGUACCGGGACCAGAGGAGCCUCCUUCUGUUCCGUCAGCCUGGAGGACAAGUUAUGUUUCUGCAAACAGCUUCUUUCACAACAAGCAUGGAUUUUCAAGGAGAAGAUUGGCUGGUUUUGGCUUGCCCCUCUCCCACAGACAGUACCACAGCCCUCUUAGAGAUGUUUGCUCAGAGCUACAGUUUUUGCCUGUGUGGGUCCAAAGCCGAGGUUUUAAAACGCUUAAAUCAAAAACCAGACGGAUGGAGUCUGGCUAUGAUGGUCCUGUGGAAUCAGACAGCUACACACCAGCUUUUAUGAAGGGAUUGCUUUUGAGGGAAAAGGGAGCUGAGGCGCAUUCACUGGACCAAGUGGUGAAACAAAGGAACCUUCCAGAAAAUCAGCAGGAGGCUUUCAAGACGGGAUUCACGGAUGGAUUCAUGAGGUCACAAGCGUUAACUCAGCGAACACAAGGCAGGUGCCUCAUUUAG